AUGUCAUAUGCAUCAUGUCAUUAUAACUAUGUAAAUAUCAACCAAAAUCAAAAAGAAGAUUUACAUCGAUUUGAGACGUCUAUUAUAGAUAACUAUAAAUAUUACAAAAGGGUAGAGAAUAGAUCGAGAAUUCGAAUCGUCCUGACUAUAUUAAUUAUAUCAUUUGGUGUAUAUGGUAUCUAUAAAUCGAGAGACAAUAAAAUAGUUAUUGAGACGUUGAACAAUAUCCCUUUAAUGAUUUCAGUGAUUGUCUUUUUAUUUUACAGAAUAAAAAGUUAUUACAAAAAUUUAUUUAAAUGUAGAAAUUACCUUAAAAAUUUGAAUAAAACCCUAAAAGAGUUUAACCUCUAUUUGGACCGAACAAAUUUGAAGCUUUGCAUUAUAGGAAACCUACGAAAGGAACACUAA